AUGUACAUGGAGCUCCAGGGACCCCGGGAGAAUGAGGAUUCUGAAGUGUCUCGGGAAGAUCCUGUAAUAUUACUCACAAAGGAUGAAGCAGCAAGAAUCAUUCAGAGGGCCUGGAGAUGUUUCAUUAAUGCUUCAAUAUUCCAACAUAUGAAAAGUCUGAUUGAUUUAAGAAGACAAGGAGAGCCACGUCAGAUAGUGAGAUUCAUUAAUCCUAAAGAGGCUGAACUUCUGGAUGCAGCUGCUGGCACCCAUGUGCGAUUCAGAUUAGGUGGGGUGAAAUUUCCACCUGUCAUAUACUAUAAAAUUUUUACUCACAGACACGUUGAAGACUUGUGUGCUAACAGCCCUAGAGAUUACACAAAACUUGUGGCAAAACACCUGUCUCACAACAAAAGUGAUAGAAUUCAGGACACGGAUCGGAGCGGCUGGUACCGGCGUGUAGAAAACAACGGUUGGAGGCCUGUCUCUGAUAGAUUUUGGUUAUCAACAGACAAUGAGAUCGUGGAAAGCCAAAAAGAAAUGGAAUUCCACUUUUCUAAGCUGAAGAGAAGGCAGGAUAUAGAAAAGAAAAGGAAGAUUAAAAAGAUAGAAUGGAUGAAGCAGAUGUACUACACAGGCACUCUGGCGGCCAAGACUUCUAGUUAUGAAACCGUAGAUUUAAUUCACACAGCCACUAAAGGAUUAAUAAGAACAAUUGAGGAGGGUGGGGUAGAUUCUGUGAUGGAGUGGGAGGUGGAUGAAGUGCUGAACUGGACUAACACACUCAACUUUGAUGAGUAUAUUGCCAAUUGGAAGCAAAUUGCUACCAGCAAUUCAUCAGCUAACUUCCAGGGUUUCCGUUUUGAUCAGAAAAAGAUCUAUGAAGAUAUUUCAGAGGCCCAAAGGAAAGCACCAUAUGAUGUUUAUGGAUAG